AUGCCUACCUCAGUAGAGUCGAUGCAAUCGUGCGAUCCCCCGACCUUCCAAUUCACCAAUGUGCGAGAUCUCUUCGACGCAAUUGACGACGCAAUUGCUCACACGAAUGGGGAUUCCCUCACCGUCACAAACUUCUCUCCUAGUCAUUUCACAGAAAUCGAUCGUGCUCGAGAGAAGCAAGGCCGCAAGUUUCGCUUUCGCGAUUACGGCAGCAAUUCUCGAAUCCUUAUUAUUACAAUCCCAACUGACCUUCAUGAGGAACUCUACAAACGGCUAUAUAACGAGUUUAUCGGGCAAGUUCGCGAUAUGGGUUUAAAGGAUACACAACAAGGCUAUUCUGGACGAAGCAGUAAAGAGGGUGAUUCGACUGGUGCCUGGCCAACACUUGUUAUCGAGGCAGGAUUCUCUCAGUCGUUGGGGAAAUUGCGUAUAGCUAUGCAGCGGUGGUUUUCUAUGUCGAACCACGAGGUCAAGAUUGUUCUCUUGCCAAUUCGCCCUGGAGCUACCACAACACGACACUUUCUUCAACAGCCAGCACCUGUGCUCCGACAAAGCAUCACCAUUACCCGAAACACUACUACCAACCCGACAUCGUACAAUGUCACUAGCGGCACAUUGGUACUGUCGUUCCGGCUUCUCUUCCUUAGAGAUCCGGGCCCUGGGGAGGGAGACUUCGUUUUUAGCGUUCAAGAACUGGAGAAGUACGCCGAAAAGGUCUGGGCUCGAGUGUAG